CAUUAAACCGUAUUUGGAGUGGAUAUAUCAGUGCGCAGCAGUUUCCGCACUAACUGCAGCAAAACACCAUGUCCCGUCAUCCUCUGCGGCGGCGGCGGCACGAGAAUGGAAGUCACGUGACGUCACGCGGAUGGAAAGUUAGUGUCCGCCGCUAGAAGAGAAGAAAGUCCAGAGAAAGAUGCACGGGGAGGAUGACAGCGCUGCCAGCCCCAUCAGGAGCUCCCGGAUCCCGGCGGCCAGGUCUUUCGAUGUGUCCGACAGCGACGGCACGAAGGAGCAGAGCGCCAAAUUGUGCGGCUACCUGAACAAGCUGGCUGGGAAAGGGCCCCUGAGAGGCUUCAAGACGCGCUGGUUCGUGUACGACCCCAGGAAAUGUUACUUGUAUUAUUUUAAGACUCCCCAAGACGCCCUUCCACUGGGACACAUUGAAAUAGCGGACGCUUGCUUCAACUACGACGUGGAGGUGGAAGAGGGGCUUUUUGAAAUCCACACCGACGGGAAGGAGUUCCUGCUCAAGGCGCCCAACCGGCAGGUGAUGAAUUAUUGGCUGCAGCAGUUACAGCAGAAGCGAUGGGAGUUCUGCAACAUGUCCGGCCACCGAGACAGCUGGUGCUCCUCCACCCCGUUUCAUCCACAUACGGGCCUGGUGGCCAAAGAUGCAGCAGGGCUGUGUGAGAAGCCCAACGAGAGCAUGGAAAGUGUUCGGAGUGACUUUGCCGUGGAGAUGGACAGUGAUAGGCUGGUCGGGCUCCAGUCGCUGCGUCACCCUGUGGCACAACCCAACGCGGCGCUCAACUCCCUCCGGCACUGGGGCUCUGAGAUCAGAAAUAGCAUGUCUCACCUGCGGGCCGGCCGAGGAGGAGAAAACCGACGAAGUGUAUUUUACACAGCCAACAGUGAGGAUUGGGAGAUGGUGGAUCCUCCAACCAAAGACACUCCAGAGCACAAACCUCCACCUGACAGCCAGCGCCGAGAAAGCCCGUCUCAACUUCAGCGAUACUCCAUUGGCUCGGCGUUCACGUUUGACUUCCGCAACCCCUCGAGAAUGAAACGGCCCUUUCACAUGGGUUCUGGGAAAUCCAGCCGCAGUGCAGAGACCUCGCCGGUUGAAUGUAACGGGACCAAGACCUCCGAACUGCAUCUCCGCAUUCACAGCCAGCAGGAAGAGAUCAACCGCCUGCAGGAGCAGGAAAACCAGCUCAGAGAAGAGAUUGCCGGUCAAAAGGAGUUGGUUCGUCUUCUCCAACAAACACUGCGUAGCUCCCAAUGUGAUUGGCGUUCCAUGGUGUCUUCAGGGAAUAUGGGGCCUCACGGUCAUAACCAGGCUGAGAAUGAGGUGGACAAAGCCCUGGCAGAGCGGGACACCCAGAUCAAAGACCUUUGUGGGCACAUGGAGAAGCUAGCCUUGGAGAAGGAGAGUCUUCAACAGGAGUUGAAGUGUUUGAAGAUCAAAGUUGGGGAGAUAAAUGAACAGCUGGGCAUGCUCAUGGAGACCAUACAGGCCAAGGACGAAGUCAUCAUGAAACUUUCCCAGGAGAGUGGUAAUGAGGGACCCCAGUCAGCUGAAUGCAACUCACCUAGUGCAACUAGGGAUCAACAAGAGUUGGACAUCCUAAAGGACAGUCUUCAGGGCUACAAAUCCCAAAAUAACUUCUUAAACAAAGAGAUCCUGGAGUUGACUGUGUUGAGAAGAAAUGCUGAAUCCAGAGAGAAAGCGCUGGAGGCAAAGUGCACCAGUUUGGAGGCCAAGCUAUGUCAGGUGGAGAGUAAGUACCUGGUUCUGCUACAGGAAGUGAACUCUCCUGUUUGCUCUUCUUCCGAGCAGACCCAUAGUGGAGAGGUCAUCACCCGCUUACUAGAAGAUGCACUACAGGUGGAGAGCGCAGACCAACAGGAACACCCUAUCCUCAAACCCAAUGCUGUCAGUGAGUAUGAUAUUUAUGGCUUCAAAACUGUCCCGGAGGAGGAGGAUGAUGAGGAAAAACUUGAAGCAAAAAAGAGAGCGCUAGACCUGAAGUCCCUUUCCCUGACAGACCAGGAGACUUCUGUUAGAGUAAAGUGGGACAACUACCUGGCCAUCACCAUGAACAGAGAGAUGGUUCGAUCUCCAGAGCUCAAGGCACUGAUGCGAAGUGGAGUUCCCCAUAACCACCGUUCCAAGGUGUGGAGCUGGUGCGUGAACAUCCAUGUGAAGAAGAUGCGUGACGACGUGUCUAAAGACUAUUACCAGAAGCUUCUGUCCACCGCGAACGAAAAACCAAACCCGGCCUGUAAGCAGAUAGAGCUGGAUCUUCUCCGGACGCUCCCUAACAACAAGCACUAUGCUUCUCCUGACUCAGAUGGCAUCCAGAAACUCAGGAACGUGCUGCUGGCUUUCUCCUGGAGGAAUCCAGAUAUCGGCUACUGCCAAGGCCUCAACAGGCUGGCAGCUAUUGCUCUUCUGUACUUGGACCAAGAGGACGCUUUCUGGUGCCUCGUGGCUAUCGUGGAGGUUUUCAUGCCGCGUGACUAUUACACUAAAACACUGCUAGGCUCGCAGGUAGAUCAGCGAGUGUUGAAGGACCUGAUGUACGAGAAGUUACCCAGGCUUCAAGCUCAUUUUGAGCAUUAUAAGGUGGACACCUCUCUCAUCACCUUCAACUGGUUCCUGGUUGUGUUUGUGGACAGUGUGGUCAGUGACAUCCUCUUCAAGAUCUGGGACGCUUUUCUUUAUGAGGGACCCAAGAUCAUUUUCAGAUUUGCGCUUGCACUCUUCAAAUAUAAAGAAGAAGAAUUUUUAAAACUACAGGAUCCCAUGACAAUUUUCAAGUACCUUCGAUACUUCACACGUACAAUAUUGGAUGCAAGGAAGUUGAUGAGCAUGGCCUUCGUGGACAUGAACCCAUUCCCACUGAGACAGAUCCAGAACCGUCGCACAUUCCACCUGGAGAAGGUCCGUCUGGAGCUCACCGAGCUGGAGGCCAUCCGUCAGACCUUCCUGCGGGAGAGAGACACCACCCUGGACGGCCGCACACUCAUCAGCGACGACGAGGAGGACAGCUGAACCACCGCCAAUAAGGGACCAGACCUGCCAAGCUGAUCAGCCAAUCGCGUGUCUUACACUUUUCAACGCAUUUCAUUUAACAAACUGAGUCAGAGAGGCCAAAGAACAGUAUUCCUUUUCAUGAAUCUUUUUUUUCCACUGUCUUAUUUCAUUGUAUUUCAUCACAUGUACAUUGACCAAAAUCAGUAUUAAAGUAACUAAAGUACUUUGCAUAUAGGUAGCAAUAAACGGUGCGGAUUGGACAAGUGUCAAAAUUCUGAUACACUUACAUUAUGCUGGACAUAUUAGGAUGUAAAAUCCUGGACACAGCCACUUUUCCUUUCAGCCGCACUUAUUAAAGGUCAUUCGUUUGUGAUAGUCAAUCAUAUCAGUACUUGUAUUAUAUUGAAUGAUAACUUGAUAUGAAUCAAAUCCAAGUUUACGAGGCUUGCCCUCUUUCUAAACAGUCGGUACUUUUACUCCGUUUAACUAAACAUAAGUUUGUCUAGUCAAAGAGUGAAAAGCACACAUACGUGUCGAAUCUACAUACCAGUACUUCCUGUCUGCUCAGGACGUGAUUACCAAACCCCGCCAAUAUCGCCUGACUUCUUUUUUUUUUUACAUGUUUCACAAGCAUCGGUUCUUGUGUAUGUACGGUCUGUCUGAAAUCCACAGCAAUUUUUUUUUUUUUGUUUUCUAUCAUAGAUUCCGAGAAAGUGUUUAUUGAAAUUCCAUUAAAAUUGAAAAUGGCGUUAACGACCCAUGAGGGUCUGUCUAAUGAGGGAUAUGUAUGUCUGAAUGCCUUUUCUUUCAGUGUGCAAUUUAGCUUCUAUCAUUUCGUAGUCACUUGUUACGUAUGCUUGGAAAAAAGCUGUGCACCCUUUUAAAUAUCAGCGCAGAUACUUUUAGUGCAGUUAAAAUAUCUUUUUCACAUUUCGUUGUAGUAUUGAAUGCACAUAUCACCUGCUAGUAUGACUGCAAAUGUCAAGACGAACAAAAGUUGUUAGCCUGAUGGUUUCACUGUGAGAGCCGGUCUCUCGUAAUGGCCAUGUUUUUGCACGUAGAUUUUGUCACCCACAAUUCCCUUAUAAUAGAAAGGUGUUGUUUAGUUUUAUUUUAAGUCAAACUCAGCCCAUGCUUGCAUAUUUUAUUAUAUCGGAACAUUAGUUUUCCUGAAAAUCCUUUGUAUUUUCCAUUUUAUUUAGGUGUGUUAUAUUAGCUAUAGCAGUUUUCUUAUGUCUUCAGUGAGUAAGCUAUGAUUUCAAUCCAUCUCUGAUGCUGUUGCUCGACGCAAUGCGUUGCACAAGCCUUUGCGUGUAUACAAAAUAAUUGAAUUCUUUGCAAUGUUUCUGAAAUUUGUCUUUUGAUCCUCCAAUUCUGAUUUGUUUACACUUAUGCAUGAUCGUCCAAUAAAUUUCAGUGGCAUA